AUGGACGAUGCAGAGGUUGAUCAUACUAAACCAAUCCCGGCCUACUACUGCUGUUACCUGCUGCGUUCAACCAAACAGCGCACUUCCUUGUAUAUUGGCUCCACUCCACAUCCUGCCAGGCGACUUGCGCAGCACAAUGGAGAUUCCAAAGGCGGCGCUCGCAAAACAGCCAAGGACGACAAAAGACCGUGGGAAAUGGUCUUGCUCGUCGAGGGCUUUACGAGCCGCGUGGCUGCGUUGCAAUUCGAGUGGGCGUGGCAGAACCCAAAGAUGUCUUCGCAGCACCCGGCGAAUCGCCACCAGAUCGACUUAGAGACUGGCGAAGCGACAGGCACCUCAGGGGUUCAGCCCAGUACCGAAACCGGCAAGGCUAAGCAUCGAGGUCGUGGUUCCCGGAGAUCCUUGAAGGCCCAUUUAGAAGAUUUGCAUCUUUUCUUACGUUCGACCUAUUUUUCGAAAUGGCCGCUAAGAUUACGGUUCUUCAACAGAGACGUCUACCAGCUGUGGACGACAUGGUGCGACCGCGUUGAUGCCUUGCUUCCCGAUCAUGUCCGGACCGUUUUAGAUGGGGACUGUCCUAAGGACCAUCUGUCAUGGGCCGACGAGCCGAGAGUACGAAGCGUUGAACAUAUCAAGGUCGACUACAGCCAUAUCUAUGACUACGUAGAGAAGUCCCAUUUCUUGCUGGAUGAUCCCAGCGAUUUGCGUUGCAAAAUAUGCCAUGAAAAGGUUGUUCCCAGUGAAAAACUAGCUGUAGUUUGCCCCCGGGCAAGCUGCUACUGCAUCAGCCAUUUAUUAUGUCUGUCAGCUAGGUUUCUGGAGCACGCCGAGGAGCCCGAGCAGCUCGUUCCGAUUGAUGGAAAAUGUCCUCUAUGUAAUAAGGUCAUCCAAUGGUCGACGAUGAUGCAAGAACUGAGCCUCAGAAUUCGAGGACCAAGUGAGUCACGUGCCAUUUUGCAAAAGGCAAAACGAGGCCGUGCAAAGGCGCCUGAUCCUAUCCAUGAAACAAGCGCCGUUGAUAGAGUAGCCAGCGCGUUCGAAAACCCAGGAAGCCGAGCCGCAUGCGCCGAGAGUGCGUCAGUUGGCGUCAGCGACGGUCUUGAUGUGGACCAUCAUGACGACGCUAGUUUGGAUGAAAAUUGGACGGAGUCGUUAGAUCUGGAUCCGAAUUUCGAUGAACUCUUGGACCGCCCAAAGGACCAUAAGAUGGAGUCGUCUAGGGUGGAGAUCAUCAUAGACGACAGUGACUGCGAAGAGAUGGAGGAGCUGGGAUGA